GGUUAUGAAAACCAACUCCUGCGUGACGCGGCCGGGAGGGUCCCGCGCUGCCCCCGUGCGGUGCCGGACCGAUGCGCCCGACACCGGGUUGGUGGUUGACCGUCGAGCGGGCAUGCACUUUGCUUCAGCUAGUUUAUUCGUUGAUGAGGGACAUGGACAGAGACGGGAGGAUGGGGAUGCAGAUGUGGUCUUUGGGGAUCACGUUGGAGAAGAGGAUGAAUAUUUUGCCCAUGGAUUGCGAGACAAGGACGAUCGUGAUGACAAAGGUGAAGGAAUGUGUGCGGAUGAUGGCUCUCCCUGUGCACGCAGCAGCAUGGAUGUUGCACCCACUCCACAGGUCGCCUAGAUUAUUCGACGACUUGGAGUCGGAAGAGAUCAUGAACACUCUGGCACACUUUGUUGCGGUUUACACCAAAAAUCCGAAGGAAUACAAAGAGUGCUGGAGGGAGUACGACCCGAAGGAAGUGAAGAGGAGGGCAGCGGACUGGUCCAAAUCUCGUGGUUGUAGAUCGAAGUCGACCAAAUUUGACAUUCGGGAGCUUGAGGAGGAGAGGGAGGACGACGGGGCAUGGCUCCUUGAUCUUUCUUGCCGCCCUCGCCGUCUUGCGGAUCAUGACCGUGGGAAGACCGUUGUUGAUGUUGACGACGAAGAGCCUGACCACGACAACAAGGAUGAUGACGAGUUGGCACGAGUGGAACUCGUUGACAGGCGCUCGACUAGGAGGUCGGGAGGUGGCUCAUCUUCUUCCUCCCCGCGCGACCACAUCACGAUGCCAGAGGAGGGUAUUCGUUCACGACGUCGGACUUCCAUAUUAAGCGGUGCAGCUUUGGUGCAGGGGACCGCUUCACUCUCCGGAGCACAACUCACCCGUCAUCGGCCACCCAUGCUCGAGGAGGCAGGCACAACUCAUGGGACCACACCCGGUGGGUCGCCGCACGUCCCCCAUGAUGCGUUGGAGGCAGAUGCGUAUGUUGGUGCAGACAUGGACGGCCCGAUUCGUGUUGCUCCGAUGGAGGCUGAUGCGGUGGCUGAUGCACGUGGGGAUGAUCCGGUUGGUGAGCACGGGGAUGAUCCGGCCGGUGCCACUGCUACGGAUGGUGUUGUUGGUGCAGUUGACGAUGGUGCUGUUGGUGCAGACACAGGGAUCGACGAUGGUCCUAUUGCGAGCUGCGAUGUGUUCUUUACUCCAGAUCUGGAGUUACGAUUGGAGGAGAGUUUCGCCUCCCUGUUGCCGCACGUAGCCCCUAUUGCCCCGCGUGGCUCUGCACAAGACUUUUGCAAGCACCUGGCUUCAACGUCCCCAAUGCAGACUGAUGACGAGUCUUACACCCCUGAUUAGGCCAGAUUCACCGGACCCACCCCUCCCACUCUUCGGUUGGACGAGGACAUUCGGCUGGUCGCAGGGGAGGGCACACAUACCCAAGU